UUGAUAAAAGACAGAGAAGGAAAGAAAGAGUCUGCGUGAAAGCAAUUUUAUUUUUAUUUAUAACAAUUUUUGCGUUUAUAAACAACUAAAAUCCGUCGUUGCAUUGCUCAUUAUCUGGAGGCGAGCUUAUCAGCUGUUGAGUUAGUGUAGCAGCGUGUCACCGAAACCGCAACAAACAUCGGAUUCUUAUACGUCCCCCAUUUCGUUUAAAAACCUGCUGCAAAAAUUCCUUUCCAGCAAUUUUUUUUUUUUAUAAUUUCAUUGUUGCUUCGGAUUGGAAGUUAAUUGUGUGACUAUUGGAGGAGGAACACCCGAGACACCCGGAAAAGCGGUGAGGUACUCGCCGAAAAAUUUUCAGCUAAAGCUUCCACUGCGAAAUUUGAUUUGGAGCAGGUGAAAGGCGAAGGAGAACUGCAUGGCCAUGGACUUUUUGUUCGGCUCGCGUUCCAGCAAGACCUUUAAGCCAAAAAAGAAUAUACCCGAGGGCACACACCAAUAUGAUCUCAUGAAGCAUGCAGCCGCCACUCUAGGCUCAGGCAAUCUUCGCAAUGCAGUAGCCCUGCCCGAUGGCGAGGAUCUCAACGAGUGGGUGGCUGUCAACACUGUGGACUUCUUCAAUCAGAUCAACAUGCUGUACGGAACCAUAACAGAGUUCUGCACGGAGGAAAGCUGUGGCAUUAUGUCGGCGGGCCCCAAGUACGAAUACCACUGGGCGGAUGGCCUGACAGUGAAGAAGCCCAUCAAGUGUAGUGCCCCCAAGUAUAUUGACUACCUGAUGACCUGGGUGCAAGACCAGCUGGACGAUGAGACUUUGUUCCCUUCAAAGAUCGGUGUCCCGUUCCCAAAGAACUUUCUCUCCUCCGCCAAGACCAUACUGAAGCGUCUUUUCCGCGUCUACGCGCAUAUCUACCACCAACACUUCUCAGAAGUGGUGACGCUGGGCGAAGAGGCCCACCUCAAUACGUCCUUUAAGCAUUUUAUCUUCUUCGUGCAGGAGUUUAACUUGAUCGAGCGCCGCGAGCUGGCCCCUCUGCAGGAACUCAUCGAUAAGCUGACGGCAAAGGAUGAGAGGCAGAUAUAGGAAUCACUGCAGCUGGUGGACUCUGGAGGUGGCGGUUGUGGUAGUGAUUCGGGAGGCGUUGGCAUGCAGUUGGACUUGUGAUGGGAGCGCUUCGGCAGACUUUAGUUAGUUACCGCCCUUCCCCUUCCUCGUUUAUCGUUUAUAGCUUUUAAGUUUCGUUCAGUGCUUCACGUGUUCCCCCCACUAAAAACAGAAACAAAACAGAAGAAAAACUAUAUAGCGGGCUAAAUGCUGAUCCAAGAGGAACAACUAUAUUUUUAUAUGUGAAAAACGUAAAUUUAAGAAAUAUAAAUCAUAUUUAUAUACAUAUUUGUAAAAGAGAAAACUGAACAGCAGCCUCAGCACGCCUUCUAAUACUAACACACAUACCCCGCUUGCAAGAAUCAUUAUUACGUUCACAAACUAUGCGUGUUUUCCUUGUUUAUCGUUUUUCUUUCUGUGUAUGUAUGUAUGUAUUUAUUACUAUUAAACUAUCGCUAUUUAGCUCGGCGUCGUGCAGCGAAAUAAACGAAAUGAUUUUGUAAUGCAAACCCCCAGAAAUGUGAGGCGGCGAUGAUCGUCGACAGCACCCAAUAACUGAUAAUAAUUGUAGACUUGAUAAACAUUUUUGAUACGUUUUAUACUAAUAAAGAGAAUAUUAUGAAUUAU